CUUUUACUACCCAUCGGUGAAAAACCCUAUCUCUUAUCCAUUUCGGCGACCGAGCACUUGCGGCGCAGUAAUGGAGCAGCCUCCGAUCCCUACCGCGUCAUCUGUCGCCGACGCCGCCGGAGACAAGGGCAUCCCCAAGCCAAGGAAGCGCUCGCUCUCCCCCGAGGAGAUUCUCGCGCACUACGAGUCUCAGGGCUUGAAUUCCCGCGAGGCCGCUCUCCAGGCCGUCGGCGAUCUCCAGGCCCUCCUCUACAGUGCCCUCCCCUCCUCACGCGGCAGAAAGAGUGACCGCCUCACCGCCGACUCCCUCCGCAAGGUCGACAACGCCAACGCUCGCCUCGCCAUCCUGGACGCCAAGCUCGACUCCAAGCCCGACAUCGGCCAGUCCUUCGCAAUAGGACUCGCCUCCGGCGCACUCCUCCGCGGCGCCGACUCCGUCCUUCCGCACGUCAUCGGCAGCAUCCGCAGCAUCUGGAACUCCGUUGGCGCCGCUACCAAAAGCUCCUCCUCUGCGCCUUAGCUUACAGCGUCCUACCAUCUUGAUCGCUUGAAUGCUUAGACAAGAACAAGAUUUGCACAAGAUUCACAUCAGUUACUGUCAUUACAUGUUCAGAUUCAAGCAAUCUUAAUCUAGUGAGAUUUUCUUCCUUUUCUUUUCAAUGACCAAAUCAAUGCUUACU